AAUGCAAAGAUCCAAGAAACCCAAGCACAAGUUGAUCAGGUGGUGGGGAUUAUGAGAGACAACAUGGAAAAAGUGCUGGAUAGGGAUCAGAAACUGAGUGACCUGGACUCCAGAGCUGAAUCAUUACAAGUUGGUGCACGCCAGUUUGAACAGAACACUUACAGAGUGCGCAGAAAAUAUUGGUGGAAAAAUAUUAAGAUGAUAAUAAUUCUUGUCGUGGUUGUUCUUGUUAUCUUAGCUAUAAUAAUUGGCUAG